UCUAAGUUCUAGUUUUUAACCGGAAGUAAAUAUCCAGCGGAAUUUUCAAAAUACUUUUAAAAUGCCACAAUAUUGUUGAAUUCCACCAUAUAUUCGAUGACUUGAUUGACUGAAGGAUGGAAACUCCCAGAGACCAACAGAGCCAGAGCAUGCUGGUGCGAAGAUCCUCCUCUAGGAAAGCCAAAGAAAGGCAAAGUACAUCAAUGAUAGAGGGCAGCACCAGGUCUCGCUCUUCACGGAAAAGGAAAAGCGGGGAGAUGCUCAAUAGUCCAGGGCUAAUAGAUGAAGACACUCCAAGGUCUCAGAUCAAUGCUCUCUUAAAGAAUAUGGACACAGUGUAUCCAGAGAAGCGUCAAAUGUCACAUCUUGGAAAAGCUAGAGCAACCCCUACCUCUAUCACUCCACUCUCCUCGGCAAAGACAAUAAUGAAACACCACGGGCGUGGGAAAUUUCGUGGACUGUCACCAAAUGAUAGUCUCACAUUGCGGAAGAUUACACCAAGAACAGCAAUCAGAGGUCUUAUUGGAACAGCUGAAGAAGAAUCGCCAAUUAUACCAGAGGACCCUUCCCAGAAUAGAACCCAACUUGGCAGAGAUACAAGUUUCCCAUCCAUUGACACAGAGGGGCGAGUCAAUGUCAGUGGAGCGAGCUUCUCUGAGUUCAUCCAGGAUCAAACAGUGAGAAUGUCACCGAGAAAAGGCCCUCGCGAAAUGCGGCAACGUCACAAAAAACAUAAAAUGACACAACAAAAAGAGGAUUUUGCUGCAGGCGUGGAGAGGCUAAGCCAAGAGAACUCCGACAAAUCCUACAAUCAAUCAUUUGACUCAACUACAAACAACACUGGGGACUUCACCACUGCCUUAGAGAAAAUUAUCGAAGAAAAUGAAGAUGACCCAAGGAAAAGUGUCGGGAGAAAUCUUCGGGUUCCAAAAAAGAGAGGCAAAAUCAAUAUCACAAAAUUUUCACAAGGAGUUCGCACUUUAUCGCAACAGGAUCCUGAUUCAACAUUUGAGGACAGUGAGUCUGGGAGUGUAUUCACCAAUCAGGAGGAAGAUGUAGGGGACAACAUCGAUACAUCAAAGGAAGAAGUUCAACGAAACACAUCUGGUAGUGAAAUGGAAGAAUCUGAUAAUAUAAGUAUAGCCCGAAACAGAGAAAGUCGACGCUCUCAUGACAGAUUGUCAAAACGUGACAGUGCAGGAAUGCGUGACAGUGUAGGGAGACGUGACAGUGUAGGGAGACGUGACAGCUUAAGAAAACAAGACACUUUAAUUGAACCCGAAAAUGAAAAUGAAAAUAAUGAUAAACAAGUUGAGGAAGAUGAUAACAUAGCCGAGGAAGAUGACAACAGAUUUGAGGAAGAUGAUCAAGAAGUCAAGGAAGACGAAAAUGAAAAUAUAAGUGAUGAAGAUGAGAAUCAAAUUGAAAGAAGGGAUUUGGAAAAUGACAGUACUGAAAACAGAUAUGUUGAUGAGGAAGAUAUUGAUGACAAUAUUGAAAAUAAAGAUGACAAUAUUGAAAAUGUAUCUGAGGAUGUAGAAAAUUAUUAUGAAAAUGUUGAAAAUGAAGAUGACGAUGUUGAGAAUGAGGUUGACAAUGUUGAAAAUGAAGAAGACGAGGCUGAAAAUGAGGAUGACAAUGCUGUAAUUGAGGAUGACAAUGUUGAAGGUGAUGAUGACAAUGCUGAACAUGAUGAUGAAAAUGUUGCAAAUGAUGCUGAUGAAGAAAUGGAAAAUGAACCAGCUGAAGAGGGUGACGAAAUUGGAGAAGACAAUGAUGAGAAUCUAGAAGAGGAAGCAGAUGUCAUGGAACGAACAAGACAUCGAGACCCGCUUGAUUUUGCGACACCUGGUACUAUAAGACCCUUGCGCCCUCUUGCAAGAACUCCUUCUAAAGUGCGACAAGAGAGUGCCACACCAGGGAAAAGUAUAGUUCAACUCUCCAAUGCCCAGAAGGCUAGACAGGCGCGGAAACCUCGGGCAUCAAAGGGAAAAUUGCCGCCACAUUUACCGAGAAGCCUCAUAAAAGAUCUUGCUAAACAUUUCAGCCAGGGUAUGAUGGUAUCCAAGGAUGCAAUAGCAGCGAUUGAAGAUGUAUCGGCUAAAUAUUGGAAAAACUUGGCGGAGGAUUUGGGUGCUUAUAGUGAGCAUCGCACAAGGAGUAGAUCAGGUUCUAUUACUAUGAAAGAUGUAAUCUUGCUCAUGAAGAGGCAAGGCUUCAUUACAGAGAAUAAAUCACUCCACUCUCUGAUUGAAGAACAUUUGUCGAUGGAAUACAGAGAACUCCUCAUCCCAUGUGCACGCUCGGGAAAUAAAGUAGUUCCUAAAAUGAAAAUCCAGAAGUAUAAAGGGCACAGAUAGAGUUAAACCUAGUUUUAAUAUAAUACAUUGAAAUAAAGUGUUUUUCUUGAAAAACCGAACAGAUAGAUAUUAAGUCCAAUGUACAGGGUGUCAAAAAAGGCACCCCCAAUGAAGA